CUUCCGGUUCCGGCCCUCCGCCCUCACAGGCCUGCAAAGCUCCCUCUACAACUCUGGACUUUGUACCUGUCACCGGAAAUGCACCGCUUAUCGGGGCCGCCAGCUGAGCAGCUGCCUGCUGAGGCGCCCGCCCCUUCCAGGGCCCGCUAGACCCCCCUCUGGAUCCCAGCUGUACCCGCUCCCACCCCCACGUACUGGGGGAAGGGGUGAGGCCUGCGCCGUCCUCACAAAAGCCUGGGAAGAUGAAGAGUCCUCCCUUUUGGGGGCGUUGCCGACUGCCCAGCCCGCAGCCUUCACCUGCGGCUUCAGCCCCGCCUGCUUCGUUCCCAGGUGAGUCAAGCGGCUGCUCUGGCCCGCCCACCUGUGUGCCCGCCCCAACCGGAAGCUUCCUCCACCGACUGAGCACAGUUCCUACAGGUGCUUUCCUAGCUUGGAUACUCCUCACCAGGUGAUCUGCAUUUGGCUGCUCCCUGAAUCCAGCCUCCCUCUGAGGGCACUGGCGCCAAGCGAUGUGCCUGAGGGCGGAGGGUAGAGGACUGUGCCCCAGGGCUGCUUGGCACCUGGAGAUCUCCUUGGACCAAGAUCUGGCCAAGCCUGAGACUCAUCGGUGUCUUCGGGCCCUCCAUGACUGAGAUAAACCAAACUGUUGUGGGGCCCUCGGAGAUCCCCACAGCAUCAGCCUUGGCGCCUGAACCAGGCCCGGGGGCCCGGCCAUGGCCAGUGCUGGUGGGGGUUUUGCUGGCGGCUGUGGUCCUCUCCCUCCUCCUUGCACUUGCUGCCAAAUUCCACCUCUGCCGCAAAUACCGCGCCAGCUACCAGCACCACCCACUGCCUGAGACAAGAAAGGGUGUCUUCCCCGAGGUGGGUGAAGAUGAGGAUGAUGACGGCUUCAUCGAGGACAAUUACAUUCAGCCUGGUGCCAGUGGGCUGGGGACAGACUGUAGCAGGAACCACUUCUCCCUCUGAGCCCUUAUGUUUGGAUACCUCCCAGUCCCCUCAUGCCUGACAGAUUAAGGACAGCAGAUACUGCAUGGGACAGCAGAUACAGCCUCAGGGACAGAGGUGGCUAGGGUUUAGGGGCUGACCAGGGGUGGAGCAAUCGUGCCUUCCUAGACACUAGCCACCAAAGUGACAAUGACCCUCUCUUACUCAAUAACCCUCAAUGGCUCCCUGCUAUUCUCAGGAUUAAGGCUACCAAGGGCCCAGCUAUGGAAAUAAGGCCUCUGUCAGCCUCUUGGUUUCCUUUUUUGCCUUUCUCUACUUCCUACUUAACUAAUUCUUAUUCUAUGCCAGAUGAUAACAUUUUAGCAAGUGAAAAUCAGUGUGCCAAGUUUCUUAUUGAACAAUUUCCCUAUCAGUAAAGUGGGUAAUCUAAAUGGGUAACCUAAAGUGGGUAACCUAAUCUAAACUAGGUUUUCCACAGGUAUUAAAAAAUCUAUUUUAAUUCAAAUAAAAAUUAAAA